AUGGUCCAGAAUAGAGCGCUCGUGUUCAGCGCGGUGCCGGACGGGCUUCCUGUUGCUGGUAAGCACAUGCAAGUGCAGGCAACCGAGUUCGACGACGCGGCCCAACCACCAGCUGGCGGCUUCACCGCCAAGACGAUAUAUGCAUCUUUAGACCCUUACUUGCGCCUCCGGCUCGUUGCGCCAGACAAACCACGUCCGGGUUUCGAGCCGCUCCCAGCUGGUAGCAUCAUUCCAAAUACCGUCAUUGCGAGAAUCAUCAAGUCCGACAAUGCGGCACUCCCGCCCAAUACAGUGGUCAUCGGAAUGGCGCCCAUACAGGAAUACAUCUCGGUCACUGGAGAGCAGGCUUUCCAGUUUUCCCCUCUGCAAAACCCAGCCAAUGUGGACCUCAAACUGUUCCUCGGACCGCUUGGCAUGCCUGGCCUGGCCGCGUACGCUGGCCUGUAUGAGGUUGCUAAGCCUCGCACUGGAGAGACCAUUUUUGUGUCGGGUGCCAGCGGCGCCGUCGGCCAAUUGGUGGGCCAGAUAGCCAAGCAAGCCGGACUCAGAGUAAUUGGGGCCGCAGGCAGCGACGAGAAGGUCAGGCUACUGACCGAUGUUUUCAAAUUUGACGGCGCGUUCAAUCAUCGUGAUGGAGACGCGCGAGCUCAUUUGGAGCGCCUUGCUCCGGGUGGAAUAGACAUCUAUUAUGAUAAUGUUGGCGGCGAGCUGUUAGACGUCGCGAUUGACGCCAUGAAACCCCUGGGGAGAAUAGUCGCCUGUGGCCAGUCAUCGCAGUACAAUGCGCUACCGAGUCAGCAAUAUGGCAUCCGGAAUACGUGGCAGAUGCCUGGCAAGCGGAUCACCUGGCGUGGCAUGAACAUUUUCGAUGACGGCCUCGGCGACAAGUAUCGGGCCGUGCACCAAGAGAAAGUAGGCCAAUGGAUAAGUGAUGGCACCAUGCAGGCUGUGUUCAGCGAAACGAAGUCCAUUGAAGAAGCCCCCGCCGGCCUUGCUGAUCUCUUCGCCGGCAAGAAUGUGGGCAAGGCUGUUAUACACUUCGGCGAACAAUAA